AUGGCCACCGCUGACCAGCUGCUGGAGCUGAUUUUCUCCUGGAUCGAGCAGAGGGAGCGCUGUGCAGAGAAGCUACGGAAACUGGCCAGAGAGCUGGAGUCACUCAGGAAGAAAUGUAACGGCAGUGAAUGUAUUGGCAGUUCAGUGUCAGUGGCGGGAGCUGCAUGUCUGAUCGGGGCCGGCGUGGCCACUUUGUUCACCGGCGGAGCUGCGGCUCCAGCUUUAGGUUUGUUAGGAGUAGUGUCUUCUGGUGUCGGUCUCACCGUCUCUCUGGCUACUAAACUCACUGAGCACCUUAUAUCCAGCGACACCAUGAAAGAUGCGCAGAAGAUAGAACAGAAGAGCAACGACAUUGGAGAAACAAUCCAGCGACUGUUGAAGAAACUGAAGGCGGAGAAGAAGGGAGUGAACUCCUUCGCAGACCCAGAUGAACUGGACCGACAUGUCAUGACUGAAAUUCUGGGAGCCAUGGCGAGAAGAAGUGGACUGAAGUGGCCAAUCAACAUCAGCUCAUUUGGAGAUGGUUGGGGGGGGGCGAGAGGGUUUACUGGCCUGGAUUCACCACAGCUCAACCCAAACUUAAUCAUGCCUGAAGUCAUGACUGCAGUCGCCGGUGUUUUAAUAUGUUUCUCAUUUCAAGCUGAAGGGAAAGCAUCCAAACUUUUGUUUGCUAAAGGAGCUGAACAACUCAUCAAAACAGUGACAUCGGCUGGAUUUAAAACAUUUGUUAAAGGAGGCGGCAUGGCUGUGGGAGGAGCUGUUGGAAUGGCGUUUGCACUUUCAGAGGCGAUUGACAACUGGAAAGACCUGAUCGAGAAGAAUCAUGUGACUGAGGCGAGCCAAUCACUGAGAAACACAGCUGAUGCAAUCUUAAAGGUCACCCGGACACUGAGGAAACAGCUUGACGACAUCAAAAAGGCGUUUCAGAGGUUUCAGAGAAAGACACUGAUUGAAUUUGCGAUAGAAAACUGUGAGGAUGAAGCUGUUCGGAGAUGGCUGAGAGUAAAUUCAGAGUCUGACGCUUUCUCCCAACUGGUGGACAUGUUUCAUUUCCUGAAGAAACACAUCGAUGAGGAAGAAAAGAAGGAUCACAGUAACAAUGUUCACAUCACGUUUGAUGCACACGGAUGCAUCGGAGACUCGAUGAUCCCGGCCAGCCGUCUGCUGCCUCUGCCCUCCAUCACAGACGUGAUCCUGUAUUCUCCCUGGAACUGUUCCAUCACUGCUGAUGUAGCGUACGGUGUCGCUACAGGACGCAUGAAGCUUCAACACAGAGUGUUUUACUGUAGGAAAAAAGAUGGCUGUCAAAUUCCUGAUGAAAAGCAUCGACCCUCCAAACUGCCCGACCACUGGAACUCAAUGAAGAAAGCUGGAGACCAAAAGAUUCCCAACAUCACCGUCAGCCCUAUGAAACCACCAGAGGACGGUACAUGGAAAAAGUUUGAGUCUCUCAAAAAAAAGUAUGGUCCACCAGGAAGAAACCACAUCGUCAUCCCGUUCAUCCUCCCAGCAGAGAGCAGCUCUUUAGAAAGAGUCCCAUUCUUCAUCGUCACUCUGGCUCUGUCUCUGGUUCUCCUCUCCUCCAGAUUUAAAGCCACCGUCCAUCUCACAGCCUGUCUGAGUGACAGAUCUGCAGAGAGGAAGUUUGACCAGGAGUAUCUGAAGCAGCAGUACGCCUGCACCAUCAACAACACUUUAAUGACAUGUUCACCAGACAUGUUUGUGUGA